GUGAUGGGCCAAAGAAAUGUCAAGCCACCAGAGUGCAAGAAGUGGUCAGCUCCCGGUCAAGACUACUGGCAGAAGCUAAAUGAGAGUCUUACCAUCAAUCCACCGGAUUCGGUCGACGAAUUAGAGCGCAAUAUUGCCAGCUUGUCAGACCGCUCACCCCACAGAAUGAAUGGACUGAAAGCUGCCCUAGAAGACCACUUCGACGCUCAAACGGACGACACAGUGUUCAACAAAAUUUUUCCGUUCGUAAUUAAACUCGCUCUACGUCUUCCAAGCCUUCUAAAGACCAACGAAGGCGAACACUCUGUAAACGCUGGCGCCAUCAACCUAUUACUACAAGACAGUCCGGGAUAUCUAAAGCUAUCUCGCACGCUCGUCUCCUCUCUGAUGGCCAAUCUGUUUCUGGGUACGCUGCCCCGUUCGCGCGAGCGUCCGUUCCAGUGUAACAUGCAGCCGCUUCUCAGCUGCUCUCGUAGUUCUACUCAAGAGGUUGCGAAAAUCCGCUGUUACUUGAAUUACUUUGAGCGUCUGAAAGAGCUGCAGCACGACCCUCAGGGAUUUCUCUAUAUUCGACGGCAACUGCUGCCACAGCCUUAUGAUUGGUCGACGUCUGAGGCUUUGUUGUGUGGUGUUGAGGUAAUUCCGGAUGGAGGCAUCGAGGAUGCUCGAGGGUCAUUACAAGCAGAUUUCGCGAAUUGUCACUUGGGUGGUGGAGUUAUAUUAGGAGGAUGUGUACAGGAGGAAAUAAGGUUUUCUAUAAAUCCCGAAUUGACAUGUGCCAUGAUGUUCUGUGAAGACAUGUCAGAGCUGGAAGCAAUCGUCCUUACCGGAGCUGAAAGAUUCUCCAAUUACAAAGGUUAUGCAUUUUCUCUGAGUUACGGUGGGAAUCACAUUGACGAGACACCACAUGAUGAGGAAGGCACCGUGUGUACUGCAAUCACAGCAAUAGAUGCCACACCUUACUUUGACAUGCCCGGUGGUCAAACUUCACUCGGAUUGCAGCUUAAACUGGAGAACUUACAGAGAGAUGCCAAUAAGGCACUUGCAGGAUUUAUGGACCUCGACCCGGAAGAAUCAGAAUGCAGUAAGUCAAAGUAUCCAAGUGUAGCAACAGGAAAUUGGGGCUGUGGAGCUUUCGGAGGCAACAUCCAUGUCAAAUUCCUCGUUCAGUGGUGUGCUGUCUCUGUGUCUGGACGCUCAAUGAAAUACUACACAUUUGAGAAAGGAACGGAGAAGAUUGGUGUGAUGAUGAGAGCUCUCGCGCAAGGAUUGACCGAGAAAGAAGUCACGGUUGGAAUGCUAUGGCAGGUGAUGCUAAACCUGAGUAAGGUAGCCAGGGGCAGUAGAGAUCGCUGUAACAUUAUUCCGGCUGUUGCAAAGUAUUUUGAUAUAACGAUUGAGUACAAUGAAGACAUCCCAGUCAUUCAGUACGAUACUGAUACCGCAGUAUGAUUGGAUUGACUUCAUUUAGUUAAAAUUUUCAUGAGGCUUGUGUUGUUACAGCCUUUAAACGGCUAAUGAAUGAGCCAUGAAACUUCGUUUGAUACGAGACAUGAAAUGGUUGUAUUUUUCGUACUCAAUGUCAUGAGUGUAACUCGCCAAUUUAUUGAUUACCGAAGCUUUUGCAUUGUCACUGUGGCACAUAUUUUCAAGUGUAGGUUCAAGAUAUGCAUCUUGGCUAUGUGAUGUAGUUGAUUUCCAGAAUUGAAGUUGUAACUGUUUUCCAGACGAGCAUGCCGGUGGUGUACUCUGAUAUCGUUUUCAAUUCAUUAUGAAAUGAAUUCAUUACAUAAAUGAUUUCAGGUUGUUUCUAUUGUUGGAAUAAUACUAUAGUAUUUACACAGACCAGUUGCCUAUGGACAAGUACUGCCAUCACUUGACUA